AUGUCAGAUGACGAAACAGAUAAAGAUGGUAUUGAUAAAAAUGAGAUUAAAGUAGAUGACAAUACAGAUAAGGUAGAUAAGUUCUGGUAUAGGUUAUUGCUUCAAGGUGAAGACUUAAUAGUGGAUUAUUAUUCGAAGAUAAAGAGAUGUAACAAUGUUAUCAAGCUCUGUAAAAAUUAUCUUAGAGAAGUAUUCCAUAAAGGAUUGUUACCAAAAAGUCAAAAGUAUAUCACAAGAUUUAUAUAUUAUUAUGAUCACGAUCUUGAUUCUGAUAAAAUGGUAGAAAUGCUUAUUCAAGCUGAAAAGAAAAAUGUAUCUAAUUUUAUUACUGCAUUUAGUGAUUAUCUUAGUCAGACUAAUAAUGUUCAGAUUUUGACCCAAUCUGGAUUUUCUAAUAAUAAUUUCCCUGAAGGUGCUUUGAUUAUUUCUGCUUUUUUAAAUCUAGAAUUAAUGAGAUCCUAUAUGCAGGGGUGA